GCAACGACAGCGCCAAGAAUGAAGAUGAACCUUUUCGUUUUAUGGCCUAGUAAUUAUUUAAAAAAUAAAAUGAUACAGCCACUUUUCUGUGCCCACCUCACACGUAUCUAGAGCUUUCGAGGAGGUUUAUGGCAAUGCCGAUUGGGCAUUUUUUCUAACUUAACGAACGUGCGUGCUGUGGAUUCGUUCGUGUUUCGAUCGAUCGGCGAUAGUGCGGUGCUAGUCGCCAUUUUACCCCAGCACGAAGAGAGUGAGUGUGUGUUUUCUGCGUUUAACAUUUCGGCGCUAUUUUAGUGUGUGUUUUAAUGGUUGUUUGUACAAGUGAAGAUGCAUCGUUCGCUAGUCCAAGAUUUAUCCCUCGUCGGUAUGGCUAGCUCCAGCAAUCGAAGCGACUCGCGCCGGCACGCAUCCUCCACCGCUUCCGCCCAUUCGAGCACCAUUCCAGGCAGCUCUUCUGCCUCCACGUCCUCCUCCGGCGCUGCUACCACCUCCUACCACAGAUUGAUGAGCUUGUCGCCGCCCGACUCGCCCAACGCGACGCUGUCCCUGUCGGCCAGCAGCUCCUCGGCCCGGGACGCUCCCUCCCACCGGCACGUCCUUUCGCACAUCUACGACAUCUUCAAGUGUACGAUCUGCUUCGGCCGGCUGGAGGAUCCGCACCUGUGCCCCCAGUGCUCGAAGCUGUACUGCUACGACUGUAUCGGCGAGUGGCUCGAUUCGGGCAGCAGCCAGAGCUGCCCGAACUGCAAGAUCUUCCUGCAGCUCGAUCAGCUCGUGAAGGUGCGCUGGUUCGACGACAUCCAGCAGCUGCAGCGCAGCCUGGUUGCGCUGACCUGCGGCAAGCCAGGGGAGGAAAGCAUCGUGGCCGCGGCCGACCUCUGUCCGAAGCAUCGCAAGCGGGUGAACUUCUACUGCUCCACCUGCGAGCAGUGCGUGUGUGAGGAGUGCGCGACCGGCGGGGACGGCGAUGCGGGACAGCACCGGGACCACACGUUCAAGGCGCUGCAGGUGACGUACGAGCAGCACGUGGCCCUGCUGGACGGCGAGCUGGAGAAGGUGGAGCACUACCGGGACAAGAUGUCGCUGCUGCUGGACAAGAUCGACCGGAACGUGGAGCUGAUCCGGCUGGUGAAGACCGCCAAGCACAAGGAGCUGGAGGCGAUCAUGGUCGCCGCACUGAACAGCCUCGACCGGCAGGAGGAGCAAAAGCUGACCAAGCUGCGCGUCCACCAGUUCAAACUGAUGACCGAGAUCGAGAAGGUGAACGGGAAGCUGCAGGCGAUGCGCUACGACAUGGAGUUCCACAGCAAGCCGCAGCUGAUACAGAUGAAGCCGAAGAUUGUGGCCGCCUGCAACGCGAUCCGGCUGCCGCCGAUCCGCGACUUUCAGCAGAUCUGCGUGCCGGCCAGCCUGAAGAUUGAAAUUCCGCACCUGUUCGAGACGGGCGUCUUUGUGGUGCAGAACUUUUCCACCUUCGGCGACAACAAGGUGGUGUACUCGAACGAGUUUUCCGACUGCAUGGGGCGCACCUGGCGCAUCAUGGCGUGGUGCGUCAUAUCGGAGGAUCACUUCGGCAUCUAUCUGGAGCUGGUGCACGGCAGUCCCUGCUGGAUGGAGUGUACCUUCCAGCUGAUACACCUCGAGCCGGAGAAGACGAUCAGCAAGACGAUCCGCCAGUACUUCGACCGGACGCCCCAGAAGGGCUGGGGUUUGCGGGACUUUGUCACGCUGCAAACGAUACUGGAGGAAAACUAUCUGCGGCUGAACGAUUCGAUCGAGCUGCUGUACAACAUACGGCCCUGCUCGCCGACCGAGACGGACCAUGCGCUGGAUGCAGACGAAUCGUCGAGCGAACAUUGAGGAGGAGGCGGAGAAGGAGAAGAUCCUGGAAAGCCCUCAGUGCCAUUAUUCUGUCAUUUUGUUCUAUUAACAUUAUUGUACUGUUUGUUUGCUUUUGUUUUUUUUAUGUUUUGUUUACAAGACUGAUGAAGAGGCAGGAGAGUGAUGGAUGCAUUAGUGUCGUAAGAUUAAAAUAAAAUUAUAUCGUAAAGUGUA